AUGAAUAUCUUGGCCAUCAGACCGAUGUCCAGGAAGGACAUGUGCGUUAUUGGGGCUUUCCUCAUGAUUGUCAUGCUAUUCCUACAUAACCCAUUUCAAGGCCAGCUUGUGCAACGACGGAGUUCGGCAUUGGCGAGUGUGAUGCAAGAUAUCAACAACAGUACACUUGGCUUUGAGAAGAUCUUUGUCGUUGGUCUUCCUUCACGAACAGACCGCCGUGAUGGUGUCCUUCUUCAAGCUGCUCUCAGCGACAUGCAGAUUGAGUUCGUCGACGGGGUUCCUGGUGAGAAGGUAGUGGACAAAGCUAUCCCAAAGACAAGCGAGCAUGAACGUCUGAAUAACGGAGCCAUCGGUUGCUGGCGCGGGCAUAUGGAUGCUUUGGGCGAAAUUGUUCGCCGAAAUCUGUCUUCUGCUCUGAUUCUUGAAGAUGAUGCCGACUGGGAUAUCAGGAUCAGAAAGCAACUUCAUGACUUCGCUCUCUCAGCCCAAGCACUUACCCAGCCCUUGGUAGACGCACCGUCCUCUUACGCCGAUCCCACGUAUCCGAUGCCCUCUGAAAACACACCAGGAAGACUGCCAGAUAUCUCAUUCGAGAACCUUCCCGCCACGAUUCCGCCAAGAUCUUCCCCAUACGGUGACGACUGGGAUCUCCUUUGGAUUGGGCAUUGUGGUAUGCACUUUCCCUUCGAGGACAGCAAGACUGUGCCAAAGGCUCGCAUCAUUCACAAAAACGACGUUACUGUUGCUCCGAAGAAGAACCUGUGGACUCUCAACAUCCCUUUCACGCUGAAAGAGACGUAUCCGGAGCAUACUCGAGCCGUUCAUCAUGCCCAGGAAGGUGUAUGCACGCUAGGAUAUGCAGUGAGCCAGAAGGGCGCGAGGAAACUACUGCACGAAGUCGCCUUGAAAGAUGUCAGUGACGCCGUCGACAUUCUUCUUAGGUUCUUCUGUGAAGGCGCCAAGGGGCGGAAGCCUCACAACUGUCUGACAACACAGCCAGCACUAUUCCAUCACCACCGUGCGGCAGGUCCUCUUAGUUCGAUGAGCGACAUUGGGAACCACGGGGACGGCAUCAGGGAAAAGAGCAUGACUGACAUGGUUAGGUGGAGUGUACGAUUAAAUGCGGAUGCGUUAUUGGAGGGAAGGACCGAUUUUGUUGACCAAUAUCCUGAUAAUUAA